AUGAAGUUCAACGCUUUUGCAGCCACCGGCCUCCUGGCCACAGCCGUCCUGGCCCACCCGAGGGCCUUGCCUCGCAGCGAGAUCGCCAGACGUGGUACGAUGUCUAAGCGUUGUGAGGCCAACGCGGCCAACUUCAACAAGAAACGCUACGACCAGCGCAUAUACAACAAGCGCGCUGAGGCCAAGCGCGCCGAGAACGCGACGUACACAAUCACGACUGAAGCGCCGUACUAUGAUGUGAUCCAGAACGAUACUUGCGUCCUUGAGCCCGAGGUCACCUGGGGCCCUUAUGUAUACCCAAACUCGCAGACCUUGAGGCAGGAUAUGUCUGAGGGCCAGGCUGGUGUGCCGCUGACCCUCGACGUUGGUGUCUUGGAUAUGGCAACCUGCGAGCCCCUCGAGAACGUGUUGGUGGACUUUUGGCACUGCAAUGCUACCGGAAGUUACUCGAGUUUCACAGCUCUGAGCCCAAACACGCCAUUCUUGGAGCUGCUGCAGUCGCUCAACAUUUCCUCAGAUGACUACAACAUUGGUGUGACUGAUCUGCACACCGACGACACAACUUUCCUUCGAGGCAUGUGGCCGACGGACGCGAACGGAAUGAUGGAGAUGAAGACCGUCUUCCCGGGCUUCUACGUCGAGCGAGCCAUUCACAUCCACGUGCGGGUGUACAACAACUGGGUCCUCCGCGAGAACGGGACGCUGUCGUCGGGCGAUAUCGUCUCGGCCGGCCAGCUGUACUUUGACGAGGAGCUGGAGGAGCAGAUAAUGGCGCUGGACCCUUACGUGACGCACACCGAGAUCAACCGCACAACGCAUGAGACGGACAACAUCUUCGCCGACUCGUUUGCUGGUGGCUACAACCCUGUUGUCUCAGUCGUCGCAGCUGACGGUGAGGAUGUUACUAAGGGGAUGAUCGGAUACAUCACUAUUGGUGUCGAUACUACAGCUAUUACGACUCACAGCUUGGGUGGGCUGGACGAGCCGGUGGACGAGAAUGGGCAUGAUAUCUAA